AUGGGAGAAAAUAGUAGUAGCACUGAUAUUAGUUCACUUGAAAAAACACCAACUUGGGUUGUUUCUAUCUUUGCUUUCAUUUUCUUUUUCUUAGCUUUUAUCAUUGAAACUUCUCUUCACCACCUUGCUCAGUUUCUUAGGAAGAAGAGAAUCAAAUCGUUCGAGAGGGAUUUGGGAAAGAUCAAAACAAAAAUGAUGAAGAUGGGAUUUGUGUCAUUGCUUCUCACAUUAACAGAAUCGUCCAUACCGAGUAUAUGUGUGAGCAAAGGGGUGGCGAAAUCAUUUCUUCCUUGCAGAGAUAUUGCUAUGGAGUACUCAUCCAUGGAACCAGUUGUUUUCACUUCCAAAAAUCAAACUUUAGGUUCCAUCUCACCCACCACUCUACUCAAUUCAGACCAAAUUGAUCAUUGUGAGUCAAAGGGAAUGGUUUCUUUGAUAUCGAGGGAAGGAGUUUCGCAGCUGAAUUUCUUAAUCUCCAUUUUGGCUGUGUUUCAUGUUCUCUAUUGUAUCUUCACAAUGUGUCUAGGGAUUGCCAAGAUAAGAAAAUGGAAAGAAUGGGAGAAGGAGACUCAAGCUCUUGAUUAUCAGAUUGCCAAUGAUCCAAGGAGAUUUCGACUGAUACGGCAAACAUCUAUGGGGAAAAGACAUCUAAAUUUCUAUGCCACUCAUCCACUCCUAAUUUGGCCUGUUUGUUUUAUAAGACAAUUUAGUGGCUCCAUUUCAAACUCCGAUUAUUUCACUCUACGCAAUGGCUUCAUUGUGUCCAACAUUGCUGGAGGGUCUGACUUCAAUUUCCAGAAGUUUCUUCAUAGAGCUUUUGAUCAUGAUUUUGUGCAAGUUAUUCAAAUCAGGUUUUGGAUAUGGAUAUUCUCCAUUCUUUUUAUAUUUUUUAGUGCACAUGAGUUCUACAACUAUUAUUGGCUCCCAUUCAUCCCAUUAGUGAUUGUAGUAAUUGUGGGAACAAAGCUGGAAGUGAUUAUAACAAAAAUGUGUCUAGAAAGCAGCAGAAGGAAGCCUGUGAGCAGAGGAGCAUUUGUAGUGAAGCCUCACGAUCAACUCUUCUGGUUUAGUAAACCCAACUGGCUUCUCCAUCUAAUCCAAUUCGUCCUAAUUCAGAACUCAUUUCAGCUGGCAUUUUUCACGUGGACAUGGUUUGAGUUUGGGAUAAAAUCAUGCUUCAGUAGAAGGAAGGAAGAUAUUGCAAUCAGGAUUGGGAUGGGCCUUGGAGUUCAAUUGCUUUGUGGAUAUGUCACCCUCCCUCUUUAUGCACUUGUUACUCAGAUGGGAACAAGACUAAAGAGGACUGUAUUCACAGAUAGCAUAGUUGAAGGGCUAAAAAAGUGGCAGAAAAGGUCAAAACGAAGCCUUUCCAACAAGCCAUCAACUUCAAAAUCAACUUCUUUCCAUUCUUACAGUCAUAGGCAUUAUCAGAUGAAGGAAGAAGAAGAAGCAAAACUAGAGCAAGGAGGAUGUAACAGUAAUGGAGGUUCUGAUGAAGCCAUUAUUGUUGAGGCUUCUUCUUCUACUUCACAAAACAGCACUCAAAAGGAAAACCCUAAAGUGGGAAUGAAACCGAACUACGAUGGAGAGAUCUCAUUUGCUAGAACAUGGAAAGAAAUGGAGAUUAAUUAA